AUGGACAUCCUCACUGUUUUAUUCGUCUUCAGAAUCCUUGCUGUAUCUUCCACCGAUGCUAUUUCCUAUAGCUUGCUGCAUGUCAAUCAAGGUCCGGAUCGAAUCGCAUUGAGAAGGAAGGGAUACAGAUCUCAAUGUCAUGAUAAAAGGAGCGGGGACAGGCGUCAGAGAAAGCUGGUAAUCGAAGAAGUAGUGAGUAGUAAGGCUGACGGUCCAGGUCUUGGAAUCGGGCUAGGAGCAGCUAUUGAAUUUGUUUAUGGCGGUGUGAUAAUGCCAGUCGAAAGGGAAAGGCGAUGA